UAGUUAAAAAAUUAGAAACAACAUUUUGUUGAUCAUUUAACAAAUUAAAUUUAACUGUUCAAGAAGGAGUAAGAAAAAAAAAAAAACGUUUUUUUUAAAGAUUUAAAAAUCUUGUUUCUCUUAGGAUACAGCUCGUUUUCAAUGUCGUUUAUCAAAAUUAAGUUCAAAUAUUCAAUGGUUUAAAGAUGGUAUAAGAAUCUUACCAAGUGAACGUAUUGUUUAUUCAGUUAAAGGUGAUCUUUUAACGUUAACUAUUCAUAAUGCACAAAUUGAAGAUGAAGAAAAUUAUCGUUGUAUGGUUGAUAAUCAACAUAGAGAUGCAACAUUAACUGUUGAACCAUUACCAGCUAUAUUUGUUAGAUAUUUACCUAAAGUAUGGACUGUUUAUGGUUUAAGAUAUAGUCUUUAUAUUCGACAUGGAGUUCAAUCUGGAAGAUAUACAAUUCGUAUUGAUGAUAUUCAUGGACAAGAAAGUAGUUGUCAAGUAUCAGUUGAAGAUUUAGCUGAAAUUGAACGAAAAAAGCCACGUAUAAUUCGUGGACUUGAAGAUUUAAAUUUACAUGAAGGUGAAUUACUUGAAUUAGAAUGUCAAUUUGAAUGUAAUGAUGUUGAAGCAACAUGGUUUUUUAAUAAUAUGAUUCUUCGUUCAAAUAUUUUUACAAUAAUUAAUUCCAAAUCAAAUGAAUUAGCUCGAUUAAUUAUUAAGGAAGUUUAUCUUGAAAAUGCUGGUUUAUAUAAAUUACGUUUAAAAAAUAAAUAUGGAAAAGUAUCAACAUCAUGUUUAGUUUCUGUUCGUCAACGUGAACCUUUAACUGAUCAAAGAAAAUUGAGUAUUGAAGAUUUACCACUAAAAUUUAUUGAACCAAUUUCUGAUGUUUAUGUCCAUGAAGAACAAGAAACACAUUUUCGUGCGAUUAUAUCUGGUCAAUCAUUAUCGAAAGUAACAUGCUUUUGUAAUUAUAAAAAAAUCGCGGUAGGGUAUUUCAAUAUCAUUGUUAUUUAUUUUAAAUAUAUUUUGAAUAGAAUAAUGAAAAAAUAUCGUGUAACUCAAGAUAAAGAUGUUUAUUUAGUAGCAAUAUCACAUGCCAAUGAAAAUGAUGAAUGUGAAUAUACAUGUAAAGCUGAAAAUUCAGCUGGAGAAAAAACAUGUUCAACGAAUUUACAUCUUAUUGAAACUUCAAUUGGUUCAAAAUCAUAA